AAAUCCUGUAAGCUGUAAAGAAGUUAAGGGGGAGGGGGGGCGUUUUCGGCUUCCAAUUAAGAAUAAUACUGGACUGGCUUUGCAGCAACUACCGAGGAGGGGGAUUCUAAACCCAAAGCCCUCAUCCCCACUUCUGCCACGCACCCCUCCCCCAGUUCAUGACCAAGAAAAGGGAGCCUGGGAAUGCUCCGCUCCUCUCUGCCGGUGGGAAGCCGAGAGGCCGGCGGAGUUGCUCGGUCCGACUGUAGGCAUGAGUGCAAUUAAGAGAUGGGCGCCUCCGCACCCUUUGCCGCCUGCGGAGAGUGAAGUGGCCUGAAAGAGUUGUCUGGGAUUCCAGUUCUUCCCAAAGGGGCUCCGAGCCACCUCCAACGCCGCGAGACUGAAGAGCAAACGUCGGGGAUUAUUAUGUCGAUUUUCCGAGGACCCGGGUUCGCCGUGAGGAACAGAAGAAAAGGCUGGCUCCGCAGGGGGCCCGCUGGCAUUUGAUACCGGGAGACCCCCCCAGGAUUGUCCAAAUUGUCGUGGAUCAGCAACUUUCUCAUACUUGCAUCUCGCAUUUUCAAAGAAAAUAGCUUCUGUUCGCCGUCCUGGUCUUUUAAUGCCGUCAAUACACUCUUCCCAGUGCUAAGACUUCAGCCUCUUCAUUGAAAGUAUGUUUUAUGUUUUUGCCAAAUAUGAUCUUUAAUUGAAAGUUUAUUUUUGAUUUUGGAUGAAUCUGUGGAGCGUACGCUGUAAGAAGAAAGGGGGAACGAGACACAAUGAAAGAAAAGUCCAAAAAUGCUGCCCGGACUAGGAGGGAGAAGGAAAACAGUGAAUUUUAUGAACUGGCUAAAUUACUGCCUUUGCCCUCGGCUAUCACCUCGCAGCUGGACAAAGCGUCCAUAAUCAGACUCACGACCAGCUAUCUCAAAAUGAGAGUGGUGUUCCCAGAAGGGCUCGGCGAGGCUUGGGGUCACUCGAGUAGGACCAGCCCUCUGGACAACGUUGGCCGCGAACUGGGCUCCCAUUUGCUUCAGACCCUGGAUGGCUUUAUCUUUGUGGUGGCCCCAGAUGGGAAGAUCAUGUACAUCUCGGAGACAGCCUCAGUACACCUGGGUCUUUCUCAGGUAGAGCUGACCGGAAACAGCAUUUACGAAUACAUCCACCCGGCAGACCACGACGAGAUGACAGCGGUGCUCACCGCCCAUCAGCCCUAUCACUCUCACUUCGUGCAGGAGUACGAGAUCGAGCGCUCCUUCUUCCUGAGGAUGAAGUGUGUCUUGGCCAAGCGGAACGCCGGCCUCACCUGCGGCGGCUACAAGGUCAUCCACUGCAGCGGCUACCUGAAGAUCCGCCAAUACAGCCUGGACAUGUCCCCCUUUGAUGGCUGCUACCAGAACGUGGGCCUGGUGGCCGUGGGCCACUCAUUGCCUCCCAGUGCUGUCACAGAGAUCAAGCUACACAGCAACAUGUUUAUGUUUCGCGCCAGCCUGGACAUGAAGCUCAUCUUUCUGGACUCCAGGGUGGCGGAGCUGACCGGGUACGAACCUCAGGACCUAAUUGAGAAGACUCUAUACCACCAUGUGCACGGCUGCGACACUUUCCACCUGCGCUGCGCUCACCACCUGUUGCUGGUGAAAGGGCAGGUGACCACCAAAUACUACAGGUUCCUGGCGAAACAGGGCGGAUGGGUGUGGGUGCAGAGCUACGCGACCAUUGUGCACAACAGCCGCUCCUCCAGACCACACUGCAUCGUCAGCGUCAACUACGUCCUCACAGACACGGAAUACAAAGGGCUGCAGCUCUCCCUGGAUCAGAUCUCGGCCUCCAAACCAGCCUUCUCCUAUGCCAGCAGCUCCACUCCCACCAUGACUGACAACAGAAAGGGGGUCAAGUCCCGGCUCUCCACCUCAAAGUCAAAAUCCAGGACUUCCCCUUAUCCUCAGUAUUCGGGAUUUCACACGGAAAGAUCGGAAUCUGAUCACGACAGCCAGUGGGGCGGAAGUCCCCUGACCGACACGGCCUCCCCGCAGCUCCUGGACCCCGCGGACAGGCCCGGCUCGCAGCACGACGCGUCCUGCGCCUACAGGCAGUUCUCGGACCGCAGCGCUCUCUGCUACGGCUUCGCGCUCGACCAUUCCAGACUGGUGGAGGAGAGGCAUUUCCAUACCCAGGCCUGUGAGGGAGGCCGGUGUGAGGCAGGCAGGUACUUCCUGGGAACGCCGCAGGCCGGGAGGGAGCCCUGGUGGAGCUCUCGCGCGGGCUUGCCCCUGCCCAAGGCCUCCCCAGAGAGCAGAGAAGCCUAUGAAAACAGCACGCCUCACAUCGCGGCCGUCCACAGGCUCCACGGGCGAGGUCAUUGGGAUGAAGAUAGUGUGGUCAGUUCUCCAGACCCCGGAUCGGCCAGUGAAUCAGGUGACCGAUAUCGCACUGAGCAGUAUCAAAGUAGCCCACAUGAACCUAGCAAAAUUGAAACUCUGAUAAGAGCCACUCAGCAAAUGAUUAAAGAAGAAGAGAACAGAUUGCAGCUAAGGAAAGCCCCAUCAGAUCAACUGGCUUCUAUUAAUGGAGCUGGAAAGAAACACUCCCUCUGUUUUGCAAACUACCAACAGCCCCCACCAACAGGCGAAGUCUGCCAUGGCUCUGCUCUUGCCAACACUUCACCAUGUGACCACAUCCAACAGAGAGAGGGAAAGAUGCUGAGCCCCCAUGAAAACGACUAUGACAACAGUCCCACUGCACUGUCUCGGAUAAGUAGUCCCAAUUCGGAUCGCAUUUCAAAAUCCAGUUUGAUCCUCGCUAAAGACUAUCUACAUUCGGAUAUGUCUCCUCACCAGACAGCAGGAGACCAUCCUGCCAUCUCUCCAAACUGCUUUGGCGCUCACCGGCAGUAUUUUGAUAAGCAUGCUUACACAUUAACUGGAUAUGCCCUGGAGCACUUAUAUGACAGCGAAACCAUUAGAAACUAUUCCUUGGGCUGUAAUGGCUCACACUUUGAUGUUACUUCCCAUCUGAGGAUGCAGCCAGACCCAGCACAAGGACACAAGGGAACAUCUGUUAUAAUAACCAAUGGAAGCUGAUGUUUUUCUAAAAUAUUUUGUUCUUUAAGAUCUCUGAGACAUAUUUAUAGUUUAAUACCCCAUUACCAGCAUUUACUUUGCUACAGAUUGUUAGAGAAGGUAAUUUAAGUUACUGGGUAUUUGAUAUGUGUUCCUAUAAAAUCAAAGAAGACAUAGCACUAGCAUUCAGGGUUAUACAGAGAUAAUGGAGCAAAACUGAAUUCACAAAUUGCCCCUCUAUAUGGGAACCAGAAUAGGUAAAUUUUAAGUUGAAAAAUACUUAUAUAGAUCAAAUGAGCAUAUACACCACAUGAAAGGACUAAUGAAUGACAACAUUUCAUUAUGAUGAUCUAAUGAUCCUUAUACACACAGACAGUCACUAGCACAAACUGCUGCGUGCACUUUACAUGCAGAAAUAUAAAAUACAUACCAUAAACACACCAAAAAAAAAAAAGGGCAACUUUCCUUGACUCUAGCACAAAAAGCUUCUUAAAGACAUUUCCAUUCCAAAAAUAACUAAGAAAGGGAGGGGUACACCUUGUAAACUGAUUUCUUCUUUGUGGUUUCAAACCAGCCAGCUCAUUUGGUUCAGGCAUAAAUUAGAGAAAUGGUUCUGGAUGUGGUGCAAGAAUGAGUUUUCACCUGGUAUCCAUUAUAAGCAAUCAGGAAGUGGUAAUUUUUCACCUGACUUUUGAGUGAGACAAGGAUCAAGAUUGCACUGACAUAGCAGUAAGGAUUUUUCUAAGUAAAAGCACUGAGAUGUUGGGACACACAUCAAAAGCCUGAUGUGCUCAAUUGGAAGUAGUUUGGUGAAAAUGGAAAGGCCAGAGGCAGAGUGAAAUAAAACCAUAUCUCAAAACAAACAAUUUAAGGCUCAGAAUAGGUAAAUGAGGUAUUUGAGUUUUGCUGAAAAAAAUCAACCAAAUAAAAAAUUCAAACCAAUUCACCAAGGGAAACCAGCAAAGUGCUACAUGAUAGCAGUGUAAGGGUUUGAAAACAUUUCAAAGCACAGAUGUGCCUAUGUGACAGCAUGUGGAAAGCCUCAGGAGAAAGUCUAAGAUACAAGCUUAGGCUAAUAGACAAGUGGAUAAAGGGAAGAGUAGUACUCUGACCGAAGGAAUAGGCAAAGUGUUCAUUUUCCUUAUUGUUUGUAGACAAGAAACUUGGUCUUACGUCUGUGUUGUAUAGUAGAAAGGCCAGCUGACUAGAUCUCUGGGUUCCAGUUCUGACCCUGCUUAUAACUUAAUUUUGUGACCACAGAUAUAUCAGUCACCAUGCCUGGGCUCCAGUUUUCUGGUUUGUAAGGCAGCACUGAUGUUCUGUGUUUCUGUGGUACAUUGGCACAGCAGGACUGCACUUGUUAACUAGUUAACUGUCUGCUCCGUGUUGUCAAGACUGUCAUUCUGUUUUUUCUGCACACGUACAGAAGUCUAGAUGCUUUGUAACUCAAGCAGGUGUGUGGGCUCUUUUAGGCAUAUAUAGUUACAGACAACUUUCCAGAUUCAGCUAAAAUGUAGAUAGUGGAAGUUUACAAGGGAGAAGAAAAAUAGGAAGAUUUAUUUAAUGCACUAUUCUCUAGUAGUCAAAGCAAAAUGACAUAAGUGAUUAGAGAGGUCUCAUAGAUAAUAUUUCCUAGGAGUCCCAUGCCUGAAACUCUUGCCAUAUUCAAGAAGGAGAAUGUACUGGAAGAAGUUAACAAUUUUGAAAACAGAACAUGACAUUGAAUACUCAGGGAUUAGUACUAUCUUUUCAUCAUUUAACACAGUUAUUUGACAGUCCAUAGGUAGGUGACAAUCUGAAUAAUGAUAAUUAUGAGAGGUAAAUACUGAGUUGUUUGUACAUGAGGGAAGAGGCUACAUAAAAUUAAAUAACUGCAACAUUUGUGCUGUAAAUGCAAAAAAGUGCAAGUAAGUGAAGAAAGUUAGUGGUUAUCAUGUAUGUUUUCAAGAAGUUCAAAAUACAGUUGACCCUUGAACAACACAGGUUUGAACUACACUGGUCCACGUAUACGUGGCAUUUUUCAACUAAAUGUGGAUUGAAAAUACAUUAUACGGAGGAUGCCAGACCUGUGUAUACAGAGGGCUGACUUUUUGUAUAUGCAGGAUGGGCUCCACAGAGUUAAUGGUGGGGACUUGAGUACCCAUGCAUUUGGUUACAGGAGGGCAUUCCUGGAACGAAUGCCCUGUAUACUGAGGGACGACUGUACAAUAAAAACUAAAUUUUGAACUAUACAAUAAAAAAGAUAUUCAGUAAUUAUGAGGAAACCUCUGGAAUACUUAAAUGGAUUUUUGAUCAAUUUGCAACACAAAGCAAUGUUUUAGGAAUACUAAAGGUUUUGUAGAAUUCUGUAGGUGGAUAAAUGUUUCAAAGACAAAUAUCUGAUGAAUAUGGUGUAUUUUAAAAAGGAAAUUUAUAUAGAUGGGUUUUACUGAUGGAUAUACAUUCUACUAAAUGUGUCAGGGAGAGAUGCCAAAAGAGAAAUGAAAACUUAAGAACCAAGGAAAAUAAGUUGAUAAUAAAGAAAAGACUGUCACUAAAGGAAUUUCAGUGGAAUUUUUAUAUGGAGGAUAGUAAAUUUAUGGAAGAAAAAUUAUGAACUCAGUAGAUGGGGGUAAUCAGAAGGAAUAAUUCUUUUAAAAUGGUAUGACCAGUAUUUUUAAUAGAAGACAGAACUACCUAAAUUAUAUCUUGAUUGAAAAUUGUGGUAGAUUGACCCCCAAACCAUUAAAAAACCAUUUUUUAAAAUUUACUGAAUGCCAAUAAGUUUAUAGUAGCAGCUUCAUUAUAUUCCAUAUAAUGCCUUAUAGGCUCACAGUAUUAUAUAGCUUACAUGUUUUGCAAUAUGGCAUGAGUAUUACAAAAAUACCCGAAGUAAUUUAUUUUAGGACAAGGUACCUUCUUAAUAUACAUGUAAAUGUGUUAAAAUGUAUUUAUAAUCUACAUUAUUUUGUUCUGUGCAGGAACCUAUUUCCUCAUAACGAAGAUGUCAUCUGUAUCUUUACAAAAUAUAGGAUAUAAAAUAAAUAUCUUCCCAAUGACUUAAUCAGUUAAAAUUAAACAAAUUGGCUUUAGUUUUAAUUCUUGAUUUACAUAACUUUGCUAAAUGCUGAGAACCAUGAAACUUGAAUGAGAGAGAAAAGUAUCAUUUUUGUAUCAUUUUGGGGAUCUAUAAACAUGUGCUAUAUCCAAUUAUCAGUUAACUAUGUAUCAGCACAUUAGAUGAUACAUAGCUCAUGCUUUCUAGUAAUAGUAAAAAUAUGUUUAUUGCCCAUUUCACCUGCCCUACCUAAUUUAAAAAAUUGGAUGACCAAAGAAAUAAAUGACUAUUUCUCCAAUCUUCUUUGAGAAAAUUGUGUUUAAACUAUUCUUGGGAAUAGACAGAUUUAACGUGUUAUUUUGAGAUGCAUAAUAAUAAUGUCACAAUCACCACAGGCCAGAUAUUUAGGUAUCCUUCGGCUCCACAAGUCUUUUGUCAUAAUAUGCUGAAUAUAAUGUGCUAAUUUUUCUAAACUGUAAUUGCCUGAUAAAAGAUAAUAUAGCAGUGCUGAUGUGACAUUCAAAAUGAGACAGGAUGCAAUAAAUUAUUUGCCUUCAGUGUUUAUACAGGAAAACCACUUAUUCUUUCUUGGUUAUAUUUUAUAGGGCUAGAAUAUUUCCAUUGGGUACUAUUCACUCUACACCCUGCUGCCACAUGCUGCCUCUAGGCAGAGAAUCUCACUUAAAAUAACCUUCAAUGGGGUCUUCUAAAAAAGGAUAAAAUGCUCCAAUUUUCAUUUCUUUUUUUUUUUUUAAAUGGGGAAUGAAGAUCAAUUCUAAUAAAAGAUCAUUUGGAAAAUGUGCAUAGAUAUUUUAAAAUAAAAUAAAAGACAUCCUCUCCUAAGAUCUAGACCAAAUAAAUUUGAUAGAAGACAGUACAGCUAAAGAGACGUUUGGAAAAAGGAUUUGAUAUUUUAUAGUUCGCUCUUUUUCAAGAGCAGGACAUUACUAAGAUAUUCAGUGUAAUUCUAUUAGUACUAGUGGUAUUUGGAAGUGACAGAAUGAAUGCUAAUAUUUGGAAAACUGAGUAUGUGGGAGUCACUCACCUUGCCUAAUGGAAUAGCUUACACUUUAAUGCAGCCUUUCUGAUUUAAAAAGUUUGAAUGCCAAGAUUUGGCUCCAUAGUCCACUCAGAUCAUACAUGUAGACUUACAUCCUAUUUUCUGAAUGACUUAAGAAAAUGAUAUAAAUCCUGAAGUCCUCCAAAUAAGUGAUUCAACUUUCAUGUAAAUGUCCAAGUGUUUGUGAAUAGAGAUUUACAUCUAAGACAGCAAAACCUAUUGGCUAGUUCUUACUGUGAAACAUGUUGUGGAUAAAACAUUCAUUAUCAUUCUAGAUUUUAAAUGCGUGACAAAACAGCUAUGAACACGUGCAAAAUGUAUCAGACAUAGAAAGUGUUCUUGGAGGAAAUUUACAUGUGGUGCUCAUUUCUUGUGCACAAGGGCUGUAUAGAUAGUGCUUCACUGAAAAAGUGAGAUUGUACUCAUUUCCAAAUAGGGGUUUGUCCAGAGUUCCUUCUCUAAAACUGUAUGCAGAAAGAAUACACACACACACACACACACACACACACACACACACGAUUUUUAUAUCACCUUGGAGAUUCAUAAAAAUGUGCUAUUUCACACAAGAAAUCCUAAUUGAUCAUUUUAAACUAAAUGUAGUUUUAUUUAUUUAUUACAAUUUUGGUGCAUGGGACUUUGCUUUCACAAAUCCAUAUGGGGGGAGUUUGUCCUAAUUUGCUGAUCUGGGACACAUUUAAUCAUGGCUGAAUUUAUACCCAACAACCCUGGUGUGUUUACAUUUCAAAGAAAUAAAAUUGAUGUGGAAAAAUUUUAGAAGUACUGUAACUUUCCCCCCGCCCCUUUUUUUCAAAGGAAAAUAUUUCAAAAAUGAAACAUGUGAAUAGGCACUUCAAAAAAAAAUAAAAUAUUUUAUGUUUGUUUUUUGACCGACAUGCUAUAAAAAGGAUUAUAUUUGUGAGAAAAGAUACUGAUUGCCAAUAUUUCAAAUACCAUCUUGCAAUGUAUAGUUUUUAGUGACAUUGUAGUAUAAAGCUGUAAUUUAAACCUUUACUUUGGAAUGUAAAGUAGAAAAUACUAGCUAUGUCAAUGAUAUCUUGCAAAGUGUUCCCAUUUAUAAUUAUUUAUAUUGUAAAUAGCUUUCUGAAGUAAAUUCGAAGUUAAUGUGCAUAAAAUGUAUUUAUUAUGUGAGGAUUUUUUUGGUUUAAAAUAUAGUUACCAAUAUGCA